CCAGCCACCAUGAUUGAGGUGGUUUGCAACGACCGUCUAGGGAAGAAAGUCCGAGUGAAGUGCAACACCGAUGACACCAUCGGGGACUUGAAGAAACUGAUAGCGGCCCAAACUGGCACUCGUUGGAAUAAGAUUGUUCUUAAAAAGUGUAACACGAUUUUUAAGGACCAUAUAUCUCUGGGAGAUUAUGAAAUCCACGAUGGGAUGAACCUGGAGCUUUAUUACCAGUAGAGGGGAAUUCCUCCACCUUGCCCAACCUUGCUUUCCUCUCCCAUGGCUCAUGUAACACUGUUAUAGAUGCUCAUUUUUAACAAUUCACAUGAAUAAAAACUUUGAUGUUG